AUGCCCGUGCUGAUGCCAAAUGGACUUGCCCACAGUGCAGAACUCGAACCUGGAGCUGAGACCUCAGGGAAGGCCCGAGGCUUCGGCGAGCUCACCUGGGCAGUGAGCCUCAACAUGCCUGAGGGGGCUGCCUUGUCCGAGGAGGAGCUGGUGCAGCAGGCAGAUGACCUGGCCAGGACUGCUGGCUUGGUGAACGUGGGCCGUGUUGGGGAACUGCGGGGCCAUUACCUCUUUGCCUACCAGCCGGCCGGGCACACGAGUCAGGAGCCUGAGACAGUGCGGAGAGCUGUGGAGGCUUUGUUUGCACAGCAUGAUAGCGUGCGGUGGCACUCAGAGCAGAAGCUGCUGAAGCGCUCCAAGCGCAGCCUGCACUUUAAUGACCCCAAGUACCCCGAGCAGUGGCAUCUGAACAACAGGAGGAGCCCGGGGAAGGACAUCAAUGUGACGGGCGUGUGGGAGCGGAACGUGACGGGCCAUGGCGUGACAGUCGUGGUAGUGGACGACGGUGUGGAGCACACUAUCAAAGACAUACAGCCAAAUUACAGCCCUGAAGGCAGCUAUGACUUGAACUCCAAUGACCCCGACCCCAUGCCCCACCCAGAUGAGGAGAACGGGAACCACCACGGGACGCGCUGCGCCGGUGAAAUUGCGGCCGUCCCCAACAACAGCAUCUGCGCCGUGGGUGUGGCCUAUGGCAGCCGCAUUGCAGGCAUCCGGGUGCUGGACGGUCCUCUCACCGACAGCAUGGAGGCCAUCGCGUUCAACAAGCACUAUCAGAUCAAUGACAUCUAUAGCUGCAGCUGGGGCCCUGACGACGAUGGCAAGACUGUGGACGGCCCUCAUCAGCUGGGAAAGGCCGCCUUGCAGCAUGGGGUCAUUGCUGGUCGCCGAGGCUUUGGGAGCAUUUUUGUCGUGGCCAGCGGCAAUGGGGGGCAGCACAGUGACAACUGCAACUACGACGGCUACGCCAACUCCAUCUACACCGUCACCAUUGGUGCGGUGGACGAGAAGGGCUUAAUGCCAUUCUACGCCGAGGAGUGCGCCUCCAUGCUGGCCGUCACCUUCAGCGGCGGCGACAAGUUGAUGCGGAGCAUUGUGACAACAGACUGGGACUUGAAGAAGGGCACGGGCUGCACGGAGGGCCACACAGGCACAUCGGCUGCUGCCCCACUGGCAGCUGGCAUGAUUGCCCUGAUGCUCCAGGUGCGGCCCUGCCUCACCUGGCGGGAUGUCCAGCAUAUCAUUGUCUUCACAGCCACAAAGUACGAAGAUCAUCGUGCCGUCUGGGACACCAACCAGGCUGGCUUCAGUCACAGCCACCAGCACGGCUUCGGCUUGCUCAACGCCUGGAGGCUGGUCAAUGCUGCCAAGAUCUGGGAGUCCGUCCCGUACUUACUAUCGUACAUCAGCCCCGUGCUCAGGGAGGGGAAGGCCAUCCCCCUCCUCCCGCAGAGGCUCGAGGUCUCCUGGAACGUUACCCUGGCUGACCUGGAGCUGUCGGGCAUGAGGACGCUGGAGCACGUGGCGGUGACCGUCACCAUCACUCAUCCUCGCCGCGGCAACCUGGAGAUCAGGCUCUUCUGUCCCAGCGGCAUCAUGUCACUGAUUGGGACCACGCGGAGCAUGGACUCGGACCCCAGUGGCUUCGCUGACUGGACCUUCUCCACAGUGCGGUGCUGGGGAGAGGAGGCCCAGGGCACCUACAGGCUUGUCAUCAGGGACACUGGGGACAAGACCCUGCCAGCAGGGUUGCUGAAGCAGUGGCAGCUGACGCUAUAUGGCUCUUCCUGGGCCCCAGAUGAAAUGAAGCAGCGGCAGAGGCUGCUGGAGGAGGCCAUGAGUGGGCAGUACUUGAACAAUGGCUUCUCCCUGCCGUGCCCCCCGGGACUGGACAUCCCAGAGCAGGAGCCGUACACCAUCACCACCAACACCCUCAAGACGCUCAUGCUGCUGGGCUGCUUCACUGUCUUCUGGACUGUCUACUACAUGCUGGAGGUGUACCUGACCCGGCACCAAGUGGCCUUUGACCUGACGUGCCAUAGCUCCUCCGCCUGCAGGUGGUACCACCGGGGCGGGAAGCACCGGACCCUGGAAGACGGGAUGGAGAUGGAGUCUGUCCUGCUCUACACAGAGAAGGACAUGGAGGAGGUCGAGGUGGAGGCUGAGCCCCCCAUGCCCAGCCUGGGGACACAGGGGGAUGAGGCUGGCUGGAGCCCACUGGCCCCCAAGUUCUCCACCGGUGAAAGAACCACGGGCUUUCAUGAGGGGGCUCGUGCGGGUCCAGGAUACCCUGGCCGGGACAUGGCCUCUGAGCUCCUCUUGGCUAGCAGGGAGCAGCAGACUUGCUAGCUGGGGCUGAGGACCUGAGGCGCUGGCUGCACCCUCGCCUGGGCACCAGGCGCGGCUGUUACCGACCCAGCUCAGCCGCAGCCCGCUGCUGUUUACCACAGGGAGGCAGGCGCUGGUGCGGCUCAGGGGCUAGCACAGCAUGGACAUGUGAAGCAAAGGAGACUGUGAGGGCCCCACGUUCCCCAGUGCAGGAGCUUUGCUCCCUCCUUGCACAAGCUGAACAAGCCUUAAACCAUUUACUGAGGAGUCUGCUGGGCAGCGACACUCAGGGCUCCUUGUCCGUGCUCAGCGCAGCCCUGGCCCACCCCCCAGGCAGCUGGCAGGAGCCUGGCUACAGGUAGGAUGCUCUCCUAGAGAGGAACGCCGGGCCCUGGAGCUGCGCUCCCCGCUGCGGUGCGGUCUGGCUGUGCAUGGCACAGGUGUUGCUGUCUGUCCACCUGUUUGUCUGUCUCUGCACACUGUUAAGCUGUUUGCUUUGUUCUGCUCCGUUUGUUUUUUGCUGCACGGGUGGCUUGGCCCUGGCCUGCUGGCCCCACUGUGAGGGCAGGGAAGGCUCUCGCCCAGCCCCUGCUUGGCCCCCAGCUGCCACUGCAGGGCUCCCGGUGACUGUGAGCAAAGUCGCGGGGGUGCUUUCUCUUGGCCCUGUGACUGUGAGGCUGAUGCUUCUGUUGGAAGAAGCGCUGGGUGGGCAGAGCUGGGGACUGCUGCUGACAGCAGCAGUUGUCCUGGGAGGACAUGGAGCCCCUGGCUCGCUCUCGGGUGCUCCUGGUAUUGGGAGGGAGCCCCUGGCAGAGUCGUAGUGGCUUCCCUGGCUCUGGUAGCCAAAGCAAAGCCAAGUGCCCGGGACCGGCAGGCUGGUGCCCUGUUCCCCCCUCCCUCUGCAGCCACCCCAGCUCCUGCCAGGGUGGCUGGGAUCUGUCCGCUGGCAGCAGCAGCCUCAGGGCUCCAUGGGUUUCCCCCGGAUGGGUUCCCAGUUGGCUUGCGUGCCCCCAUUGGACCAAAGUCAGAGGCAAGAAAUAGCGCUUGCCCCUUUUGCAACCGCAGCAGCUGCCCGUGUUCCCCCGUCUCUCCCCCCUCCUCUCGCACACACCGUCCACCUCUGUCUGAGCAGAGGGGCCAGCAGGCUCGGCUCAGCCGGGGAGGGCGUUGUGGCCUCGCGUGGCUCCAACCAUGACCCACCCUGCUCCCCUUCUCCCAGGAGCAGUGGUGGCUGGUGGGCAGCGGGUACAGGCAGGGUCUCAGCGACCAUCACGGCACAGACUGAGUUUCUUUUCUAAGAGUCGGGAUUUGAUUUUUUAACGGCGAAGCUCUUUCUGUGCCGCUUUCCAAAAUAAAUUCUUCUAAAAAC